AUGCCUCAAAAAAGGAAAAGUAAAAGCAAAGGAAAGCAAGUAGAAGUGGCGGCUGGAGAGGCCAACCAGACUACCCCAAGUGAGUCUCCAUCACAAACAUUCCUAACUCCUCUAUUUCCUGAAGAGUUGAGAAGGGAUGGAGUUCCCCCAGAACCACCUACAGAUGCUACCGUGCAAGAUUUGAGGAAUGCCGUUCAAUUAUUGACUCGUAUAGUUGUUGGCCAAGGUCAAAGGCUAGAAGGCCCAGUUGCAGGUAUUGGUGGUGCAGAUAGGGCAGCUAGCACGCAGAUACGUGAUUUCCUUAAUUUGGACCCUCCAUCAUUCACUGGGUCAGAUCCUAAUGAAGAUCCACAAUACUUUAUUGAUCAAAUCCAACGAACUUUGGAUGUUAUGCACGUGAUUGGUAAAGAAGUUGUUGAGCUAGCAACACAUAGAUUAAAGGGUGUGGCCAUAUUAUGGUAUGAAACUUGGAAGCGAUCUAAGAGUACAGAUGCACCUCUAGCUACUUGGAAAGAAUUUAAAAAGGCAUUUCUUGAUCAUUAUUUGCCAUUGGAGAUUCGAGAGGCGCACGCAGAUCAGUUCUUAAAUCUUCACCAAGAGGGUAUGAGCGUGAGAGAGUACAGUCUCCAAUUUAAUUCCUUGUCGAGGUAUGCUCCUAAUGUUGUUGCUACUAUGGAGGAUAGAGUUCAUCGAUAUGUGGAUAGAUUGGAUUCGCCAGCUAGGCCGUCAUUUCCCUACUCUACAGCUAGUGCUCCACCCCAAUUUCAAGGGCCGAGAGGCAAGCAGUUUAGGCAAAAGAGUGAGAGCCAAGGUUCACGGACAAUUGGAUAUCCAGAGCAGGGCAGUACAAGCCAAUCAAUGCCUCCUAGGCAGCCUUGUAAACAAUGUGGGAGGAGUCAUCUAGGGCACCUAAUGAGAGAUUGCCCUAAAAGUCGCAUGGGUGAUAUAGCACAACCUACUGGAUCAGCUGUUGCAUCGUCAUCAUCUGUGCCUUAUUUAGGUAGAGGUCUACAAGUUCCUACAGGUCGUGGUAGAGGUGUUAGAGGAGCAGCUAGUUCUAGCAGAGUCCAAAAUCGCACAUAUGCUCUAGGAAGUCGACAGAACUUGGAGGCUUCACCUGAUGUAGUAACAGGUACAUUGUUCAUCUUUUCACAUAAUGUAUAUGAGUUAAUUGAUCCUGGUUCCACACUAUCGUAUAUCACUCCACUAGUUGAUGGGAAGCUUAAAAGAACACCAAAAUUAUUGAAUAAACCAUUUCAAGUGUCUACACCAACCGGUGAGUCUAUUAUAGCAAGAAGGGUGUAUCGUAACUGCAUAGUAACUGUUUGUGAUCGUGAUACAUUGGCUGACCUAAUUGAACUAGAAAUGUUUGAAUUUAAUGUUAUAAUGGGUAUGGAUUGGUUGGCUUCUUGUUAUGCCACGAUGGAUUGCCGAACUAAGAGAGUGCACUUUCACUUUCCAAACGAGGCAGUCCUUAAAUGGGAAGGCAAUGUUGCAGCGCCAAGGGGUAAGUUUAUUUCUUAUUUGAAGGCGAGGAAGAUGAUGUCAAAAGGGUAUAUAUGUCAUCUAGUUAGAGUGAGAAAUGUGGAGGCAGAACCACCGACUUUUCAAUCUGUUCCUGUAGUAAAUGAAUUUAUUGAUGUGUUUCCUGAAGAGCUUCCAGGUUUACCCCCAGAACGAGAAGUAGAGUUUGGUAUCGAUUUAAUUCCAGGCACUCAACCCAUCUCUAUUCCUCCGUAUAGAAUGGCCCCGGCAGAAUUACGUGAAUUAAAGGAACAAUUAAAGGACUUGUUAGAAAAUGGGUUUAUAAGGCCUAGUGUAUCCCCAUGGAGUGCACCAGUGUUAUUUGUACGUUAUCACCAAGUGAGGGUGAAGGAGAACGAUAUACCCAAGACAGCUUUUCGAACACGGUAUGGUCAUUUCGAAUUUCUCGUUAUGUCAUUUGGGCUAACAAAUGCACCGACAAUUUUUAUGGAUUUGAUGAAUAGGGUGUUCAAGCCAUUCUUGGAUAUAUUUGUGAUAGUAUUUUUAGAUGAUAUCUUGGUGUAUUCAAGAUCAAAAGAGGACCAUGCAAAUCACUUACGACAGGUAUUACAAGUUCUUCGUGAUCGGCGGUUGUAUGCCAAGUUCUCCAAAUGUGAAUUUUGGUUAAAAUCAGCGACAUUCUUGGGUCAUAUUGUAUCUGAUAAAGGAAUAAGGGUUGAUUCACAAAAGAUAGAGGCCGUGAAAGAUUGGCCAAGACCAACAACACCCACAGAGGUUCGUAGCUUCCUAGGGUUGGCAGGUUAUUAUAGAAGGUUCGUUGAAGGAUUUUCUUCUAUUUCUGCACCUUUAACUAAACUAACACACAAGGCAGCUAAAUUUCAAUGGAAUGAUGCAUGUGAAAGAAGCUUACAAGAGUUGAAAAGUAGGCUAACUUCUGCACCUGUAUUAGUACUUCCGGAAGGCACAGAGGGGUAUGCAGUAUAUUGUGAUGCUUCAGGGGUUGGUUUAGAAUGUGUACUCAACCAGCAUGGUAGAGUAAUAGCUUAUGCCUCAAGACAACUGCGGCCACAUGAGAGAAACUACUCAACACUUGAUCUUGAACUAGCAGCGGUUGUAUUUGCUUUAAAGAUAUGGCGCCACUAUUCAUAUGGGAUUCAUGUUGACAUAUAUACAAACCAUAAAAGGAAAGCAAACAUAGUAGCUGAUGCUCUUAGUCGCAAGACAAUAUCAAGUAUUAAUGAGCAAACCGUGGAAAAAGAAGUGAUGGCGAAGGAUCUACGUCAACUAGCUAGUUUGGGAGUUCGUCUUCUUGAAACCCCAAAAGAAGGGAUUGUAGUGCAUAAUGUGGCAGAAUCUUCAUUAGUAGUUGAGGUAAAAGAGAAGCAGUUCAAAGAUCCUACUCUACAACGAAUUAAGGAGAAGCGAGUCAAAGUAGAGCACCAAAAGCCGGAAGGUUAUAUGCAGUGUAUGGAGCUUCCAACUUGGAAGUGGGACAUGAUCAACAUGGAUUUUGUCACUGGUUUACCUUGCUCGUUUCGUAAUUUUGACUCCAUAUGGAUAAUAGUUGAUAGACUCACCAAGUCAGCACAUUUCUUGCCAGUUAAGACUAAUUAUACAGCUGAAGAGUAUGCAAAGUUAUAUAUUAAGGAGAUAUUUCGGCUACACGGGGUUCCAAUCUCUAUUAUAUCUUAUCGAUGA